CUGACUUUUAUUGUUGUCUAAUUGGAGAUGAAUAAUCCAUUGUCUUCAAGAUAAUAAAGAUUUAUUAAAAAUUCGUUUUAAAAACCAUUAGAAUAUAGUUUAAAAAUAUUUUAUAUGUAUGUAUAACUGGAGUAAAAAUGUCUUGCUUUGGCUGCGGUAAGAAAUAUGGACUUUUCACAAAAGAGCACGGUUGUCCCAGUUGUGGCUACUCCUACUGCAUUAAAUGCUUGAAGCGUCCUAUGCCCGUACCACGACACGGUGGUAAAGUGUUGAACGUGUGCUUAAUAUGUUAUGAUAAACUUUCCAAGUUGCAAGCGACGGAAAAGGUCAUUGACGUCGAAGCAUUGCCUGGCGUUUUGGUGACAAAGUCAAAGGGCAAUAACAGCACUGAUCCGCUCGUGGCAGCAGCUGCAGCGUUGUUGGAAGAUGAUCCACCACCUGACUUGGGCGAAGUGUUGGCUCCUGUUUCAACUGCUACAGCUACGACUGCUGAUGCUACACAUUCCACUGCAGAAAAUGCGGAAAUCGAAGAAAAUCUGGAUUCUGUAAUUUCAAAACGUUUAAAAGAUCUAAAAACUAUUGAAAAUCCUUCAACGGAUGAGGAGAUACGCGCAAGACUCGCUUUGCUAAAUGGCAUGCCACAAAAGGAUUACUCCAAGAAAGAUCUAUUGCUCGCCACAGAUGAGCGUACAGAUCAGCAAAAGAUGCAAGAUCUAUUAGAACAAUUUAUGGGUGAAGCGCAAAUCGAUCGGCAAGUAGCGGAUGAACGCAAUGACGCGAUUUCGGAUAUAGAACGACGCUUGCGAGCGCUUAGAGAGCAGCCAGUAGAUGGCGUGGGUGCAAUACAAAAAGAGCACUCGCCAGAUAACAACACACCUAGUGAUAAUGAAGACGAUGAAACGGUCUUGAAGGCCGUUAUGACAAAGUAUUUGGCGGAAGCACGCUUACCCUCCGAACUCGAAACAGAGCUGGCGGCUGGGGUGCCGCCUCCGCCAGCGGGCACGCGUCCCGCCGAUUUGGAGGAGCUGCCCUGGUGUAACAUCUGCAACGAAGAUGCGGUGUUUCGUUGUAAAGGUUGCGAUGGUGAACUCUUUUGUGCGCAAUGCUAUCGCGAGUGCCAUGACGAUGAUGAAGAGUAUCGUGCGCAUGAGAAGGUAUCCUAUUCUGCGCCACCAAAAUUUAAAGAAAAUCACUUUUAACAUAAAGCAACUGUGCAAUGCUAACGGAACUUAACCAAAAAAUAGUUUAAUGCUUGUGUUUAUGUAUUCGUACAUUUUAUUGAUACAGACAUGUAACACAUAUUUAUUUGUAUUAUACGGUAAGCUGGUUUUUAAAACAAUGGGAAGUAAAAAAAAUCAAAAGCACGUAUAAAACUUCUAAACGAUGAAUGAUUUUGCUAUAAUUACUUUAUAAUAGCUUAGCGUAUUGCAUAAAUAUAUUUUAAAGAUAUGAUUUGAACAGUUGUAUAUGCUUUGAAAACAACAAACAAUUACAUAUAUUAAACUUUAACUGUAAAAUUA